AUGGUCCUCGGUUUCGAGCGCAUCAAUGAGCGCACUCAACGCCCCAACGCCCACAUCAACUUCAUACGCACGCUUCCUGGCCCGACAUCCGCUACUGCCGAGAACAUCCUGAACCGUGUCGCAGCCAUAUGCUAUCCCUUCAUGAAGUCGCACAUGAUUCUUGUCCAAGCGCUUGAGGAAUUCCCGUACAACAACGAGUUUGUUGGUCGCAACUUCAAUGCGGGCGAGGUCAUACAGCUGGUGCUGAGGGAUCGCAAUGGAAGAUGGCUACCCCAGAGAAUGAUUGAAAUGGUCAUGGUGCAUGAACUUGCUCAUUGCAAGCAGAUGAACCACUCAAAGGCCUUUUGGAAGGUGCGCGAUGCAUACGCGGUAGAGUUAAGGGCACUCUGGGCGAGAGGUUUCACUGGUCAAGGGUUAUGGGGUAGGGGUAGGGAGCUCGACACUGGCGCAGUGCAGACCAGUGAGGCAGAUCACAUAGAUGUCCCUGAAAAUCUUUGUGGAGGCACAUAUGCUCGAAAGGGCGGGAAAAGGAAGCGAGGCGCAAAGGAGAAGCCGACAUUAACGUAUGCAGAAAGGAAGCAAAGGAGAAUCCUCAAGAAAUUUGGCGCGGGAGGGCAGGCUCUAGGAGCGGAUGAAGACACCAAAGUGAAGCUGGAGAAUGGAAUAGAGAAAAAGGGCAAACCGAGAGUCGCAGGAAGCGCACGAGGCCGAGAUUUGAGGGCAGCAGCGGCAUUAGCACGUUUUGACACAACGAAGAAAGGUGAAGCCACAGUCAAGGAAGAGCCGAUGUCGGACAGCGAUACCGAGGAUGAAUUCAUCGAGGGUGACCAAAAUGGUGCAGCAAUCGAUGUGGAUGGCAAGAGCAUGCUUGACGAUAAAGGCCGUGCGCUCGUCAAGGUCUGCGAAGAUGAUGAUGACGACAAAGAUGGCGAUGCAAAAAGAGAGUUGAUCGAGAUACAAGGCUUUUCCGCCUCGCGCAAAGGAUCCAAUGGACUGCCAGUAUCGACCAAAGUCUCACGCAACCCGCGACAAUCAAAACAGACCACAAAGAAGCUCAGUACGCGCAACCACGAACUUUCACGCCCCGCACCUGGCCGGCCCCGCAGUUCAUCAUCAUCUCUCUCACUUAUAUGCCCCAUCUGUUCUCUUGAGAACGAUGCCGGAGCACUGACAUGCAUGGCGUGUGCUCACGUGCUUCAGAAGGACUUUGUCGUAGAUAGUUGGGCAUGCAAGAGCUCAACUUGUAAAGGAAGCAAAUACAUCAACGCUGGAGAUGCAGGUGUGUGCGGUGUUUGUGGAUCGGCGAGGCAGAGGUGA